CCCGGCGCUAGGUCGGUCAGGGCUUGGAAUAAGGAGACCAAAGCUACGAACUGACCUGUUCAGUCCAGAACCCUUAUGGUCACAGAGAAGUUUGCGCCCUGUGGCUCUAAGAACUGUUGCCUCGUGUGCAGGGAUUUGCACAUGCCAAGGCCCUGCCAGGGCGCCCCGCUUUUCAAAAGGUGACUUGAAGCGAGUUGUUUGUCCUGCCGAUCAGAGUUUUUUGUGUAUAUUUGUCUGUGGCUCCGCGCUGUGAACUUCAGGACAUCACAAGUUUGCGACUCCUGGUGUGCGCCCACUUGGGAUACUUUAGAGGUCUGAAGUGUGUGUGCCAGUUGUGUGAGCAUACAAACUUCACCUGCCAAACUGAAGGAGCAUGCUGGGCUUCCGUCAUGCUAACUAAUGGCAAAGAAGAGGUGAUAAAGUCUUGUGUAUCCCUGCCAGAGCUGAAUGCUCAAGUCUUCUGUCAUAGUUCUAAAAACAUCACAAAAACAGAAUGCUGCUACACCGACUUCUGCAACAAUAUAACACUCCACCUGCCCAUAGCUUCAGAAUCUUCAAGCAGACCAAACCUAGGACCUGUGGUGUUGACAGUGAUAGUUACUGUUCCAGUUUGUAUCUUGCCUAUAGCUGUAAUGCUGACUGUAUAUACAUGUCAAGGCCGUCAUUGUACAUUCAGAAAGAAGAAGCGACAAAAUAUUGAAGAACCUCUAUCUGAGUGCAACCUAGUAAACUCUGGAAAAUCUCUUAAAGAUCUUAUUUAUGAUAUGACAACAUCUGGGUCUGGAUCUGGUUUACCUCUACUGGUCCAAAGAACAAUUGCAAGAACAAUUGUUCUUCAAGAAAUAGUAGGAAAAGGCCGAUUUGGUGAAGUCUGGCGUGGAAAAUGGUGUGGGGAAGAUGUAGCUGUGAAAAUCUUCUCCUCAAGGGAUGAAAGGUCUUGGUUUCGUGAGGCAGAAAUCUAUCAGACAAUUAUGCUGAGACAUGAAAACAUCCUGGGUUUCAUUGCUGCUGAUAACAAGGAUAACGGAACUUGGACUCAGCUGUGGCUUGUAUCUGAAUACCACGAGCAAGGCUCCUUAUUUGAUUAUUUAAACAGAAAUGCUGUGACCAUUGAUGGUCUGAUUAAGCUGGCACUUUCAAUAGCUAGUGGUCUAGCACACCUUCAUAUGGAGAUAGUUGGUACACAAGGCAAACCAGCUAUUGCACACAGAGAUCUGAAAUCUAAGAACAUCUUAGUGAAAAAAAAUGAAACCUGUGCCAUUGCAGAUUUAGGACUUGCUGUGAGACAUGAUGCUGUAUUGAACACAAUUGACAUACCUCAGAACCCUCGAGUGGGAACGAAGAGGUACAUGGCUCCUGAAAUACUUGAUGAUGUAAUGAACAUGAGCAUCUUUGAGUCCUUCAAACGUGCAGACAUAUACUCUCUUGGUCUGGUGUAUUGGGAGAUAUCACGAAGAUGCUCAAUUGGAGGAAUCAUUGAGGAGUACCAGUUGCCUUAUUAUGAUGUUGUGCCAACGGAUCCCUCAAUAGAAGAUAUGAGAAGGGUAGUUUGUGAACAGAAACUGAGACCAAAUAUCCCAAACCAGUGGCAAAGUUGUGAGGCACUCCGAAUCAUGGGUAGAAUAAUGCGUGAGUGCUGGUGUGCUAAUGGGGCAGCUCGAUUAACUGCGCUCCGCAUUAAGAAGACCAUUUCGCAGCUCUGUGUAAAUGAAGAUUCCAAAGCCUAAACGGGUGACUUGGGGGAAAAGAAGGAAUCAUUCUCUCCAUCUUUUUACAUGCAAUUUUUUUUCUGUCUACCUCACGUAUAUAUAGUGCAGUAUUUAAGUGCCCAGACCACAGCACUGAAAAAUAACUUCAUAGUUGGCUACAACCAGCUGCAGCUUUUGGUUGGUGUUGCUGUUUUUAUAAAGCAAAUCACCAACUCAUGUUGUUUUUUUAAAUGAAAGUUCAUAUUAGGAAAAUAGCAGAACUGAACUACGAAACAACAUCCCAUAUUUAAACUAUUUUAUUAUUCUUAAGCUUUUUAUUCUAGUUAAAACCAAAAUACACUGUUGAUGGAAUGCAUGGGUUUAAAGACAGGUAUGUAAAAGAAACCACAUCUGUGUUAUCCUCUAACUAAAACCUGACCAAAUUCAUUGAGCUUCUUAGGUGUUUUCUCAUAGAAUCCUGUAGAAUAUUAUGACAAUGAAGUGCAUUUAUAUGUUUUUAUAUUGUAUUAAUCAUUUAGUAACCAAUCAAUUAAGAAUAUUCCACUGAAAAUGUAUACUGUGACGCUAAACAUGUGAGUCAGUCAGUCUCUCUCUCUCCCACCUACCUCUCUUUUUUAAAAGAUUUGUUAUUACAGCUCAAUUUGCAACACCGUAGUUAAGGUUUGGCAGUAUUUUUGUUAUCUACCCCUAUUUCAGGGAUUAAUCAAACUGCCAUAAACAUCUACUCUGAGCUAACUGUUUCAAAAUCUCAAUCACGGACCAGUUUUUCUUUUUAUCAAAUUGUGAGGAAAAGUAAUUUGGGCAGUAUUUCCUGGUAUUUGUGGGGGGAAAUUAUAGGAAUGCUACAGUGUAAUCUAAAAAGCAUAUAAACCUUUUUAUAGACCAUUAGUCAAAGUUUUAUUGUCUUUUGGUAUUUUGCAGAGUGAGAAGAUCUAACAAAGUUAUUUGCUGUAAAAGCACAAUUUAUUGGGUGAAAUUGAUCCAGAUGCAGAGACUCAUAGAAGCUAACCUGUACCCCGUAUACACCAGCACAGAUAGUUGUGUUUGAGGGGGGCCAGGGUGAAGUCCACAAGAUCUGUAACUCUGAACCAGCAGUUCCCACACUGAGGGUGAGUGGUAUAGACAGUGCUCACAGAGAUGGUGCUAGCCCAUUGGGGACCCUAUGCAGGAAUAUUUUGGCCCGCCCCCCACACAACACAUAAUAAAAAGUGAAUAGGGGCACCGCCUUGAUCUGCUCAGGGCCCUAAGCAAUUGCUUAGUCUGUUUAAGCCUAGUGCCGGCUCUAAACGUUCAAGAUUAUAGGCUGGAGCAGUAGUACUCAUGAAUGGUUGUAUUGCAGUUCCUGUGUUCUGACCUGGCUUUGGGGGAUGUAUUUCCCUCCUACAGACCACUUCCCCCAUACUUAAAAUAUUUUUAAAAAGUACAAUCCACUCUGCAGACACAGGAACUUUUUCAAUGUUUCUAGCACAAGAAUGUAAUAGGCAUGUGCAACAGUUGAAGAAAAUCUGUGGAUUUAAAGGGCCAAAGACAAGGGUGCCAGAACCUUUGCAGAAGUGUGUGUGUGUGGGGGAGCCGCACUGGUGCAGGAACUGGAAGGGUCAGGGGACCAUGCCCCCCCCCAACUUUUUAACAUGAGUAUAGUUUGGGGGGCAGGGACAGCAUUCUCCCCCUCCCCCCCCCACACAGUAAACCUGGUGCAGGUGUAGAGCAAUGCUGGCAGGGGCUGUGCUUUGUGCUGGCGCUGCUCCAAGCCUGCCCAAGGUUUGCAUUUGAGGGGGCAAUACCACCCCUACCCAUCAAAUUACACCCAUAUUAAAAAGUGUGAGGGGGGGCACAGCCCCCUGCCUGCCCUGGUUCCGGCGUCAUUGUCCAAAAGUGCUCAUUGACAUAAGGCUGUACUGGUUUCUUCAGAAGGGUCAAUCAAAUAUGCAUCUCAGUAACGGCCCCAGGGUAUCAGGUAAACAGGACAUCAAAACGACCCCUAAAUAGUUAUUUUCACAAUAAUGUUAGCUUACAAAAGUGUAGUAUCAGUAGGCAUUUUCAAAGGUUUGUAAAUAUUCUGGUAUUUCAUGAUUUCCUGUAAUGGAUUGGCAGGCAUGUGGAUAAGUAACUCUCAUACACUUUGAGACAGAUUUUGUUCAUAUGUCUUUGAUUUUGUUUUAUUACAAAAAUAAUUUCUUAUACUCACUAUAACCACAGUUUAAAAAUAUAUAUAUCAAACCCCAUAAUCCAGGAAAUACAAAAUUAGAUCUACAAAUCUCUCCACAACAUCACUGAUUUUGGGCAAUAUGGUCUUUUAUUAUGGUGUAGGGAGAGGAGGAAAGUCUUUACAAGCGUGGGUGAUCUUACAUAGCAUAGAUACUUGAUAGUUUUUGUGAGUGUGACUAAUCUCUGUCAUUGGGUCUUUUGACUUCUGCUUUACGUGGAAAACCAGGAAUGUAGCUUUCAGUCAGCAGUGUCAGUGAUCCAUGUUUUAUACUGACAUGUUGACUUCUGGUGCAGUGGAUGUUGUUUGUUCUUUAAAUCGAUACUAGUGAGAUGUAGCAUACAUGUUUGUAGAACUUAUACAGUCACUUUACACUGCUUAAAGUGAGGUGAAGAUAGUUAUUUGUGGCCCUUUAAUUAGAUUGUAGGUUAGACCCCAGAUUUGUAAAGGUAUUUAGGUGUUGCUCCACUCAGCAUUGCAAUGCCUAAGUCACUUUUUAAAAUAAUUUUUAGCAUGAGGUAGCAGGGUCUACAUGGUCAGAUAGUGCAUGGCAGGCUAGACCAUUGUAGAUUUACACCUGGCCUUGCUGCACACUAACUGGCGAUGUAGAUAAGCUCUAAGUCUCCUUUUAAAAAAUGACUCAGUCAAUGGGACUAGGCUCCUAAAUCAGUUGGGUAUUGCAGUGUGGAGUAGAACAAUGCCUAAAUACCUUUAAAAAUCUGAGCCUGUCUCUAAUGAAUAGCUAGUAAGUUUUAUUUCUGUAUGUUUUGAUUUACAGUCAAAUUGAAUAUAUAUUUUUAAUAUUUUUAUAUCUUCUAUAUGUAUAAAUUAUACCAGGCAGUUUUGUCACAUACACACUUUCUAAUCUACAAUAUUUAUUUGAAAAUUAAAUGAAAAGUAACCAACCACUA